AUUUAAGGGGGUGUGUGAGUCACAUGCGUCCUUGCUGCUGUAGAGUAGUGAAUAGAGGUGACCUGCAGUCAGUGUGACAGCGGCUUCUCCUGCGGACGUACCGGUUCUUAUAGUCUCCAUCACACCUAUUAACUGCACAUCAUCUUACCAAAAUGCCUGGAGUUAUCAGAGUUCUUUUGACUGGUGCUGCAGGUCAGAUUGCCUAUUCCCUGCUUACCAGUGUGGCCAAGGGUGAUGUGUUUGGCAAAGAUCAGCUUGUCACCCUUGUGAUGCUAGACAUUACCCCCAUGAUGGGUGUAUUGGAAGGAGUUGUGAUGGAGCUGCAAGAUGGUGCUUUCCCCCUGCUACAAGAGGUUAUUGCAACAGACAAGGAAGAGGUAGCCUUUAAGGACCUGGAUGUAGCCAUUCUAGUUGGUUCAAUGCCAAGACGUGAGGGGAUGGAAAGGAAGGAUUUACUCAAGGCAAAUGUGAAGAUCUUUAAAUCCCAGGGUGCAGCACUGGACAAGUAUUCUAAGAAGACUGUAAAGGUUAUUGUUGUGGGUAAUCCAGCAAAUACCAACUGUCUGACUGCCUUGAAGUCUGCUCCAUCCAUACCCAAGGAAAAUUUCAGCUGCCUGACCCGUCUAGAUCACAACAGAGCAAAAGCUCAGAUUGCAUUGAGGCUGCACGUGAGCUCUGAGGAUGUGAAGAAUGUGAUAAUUUGGGGAAAUCACUCUUCUACUCAGUAUCCUGAUGCUUCACACGCCACUGUAAAAUUACAAGGAAAGGUUGUCAAAGCUUAUGAAGCGGUGAAGGAUGACUCCUGGUUGAAAAAUGAUUUUAUCUCAACGGUGCAGCAAAGAGGUGCAGCUGUUAUUAAAGCAAGGAAAUUAUCAAGUGCUUUGUCUGCUGCCAAGGCCAUCUGUGACCAUAUAAGAGAUAUCUGGUUUGGAACCCCUGAGGGAGAAUUUGUUUCCAUGGGGGUAAUUUCAGAUGGAAAUCCUUAUGGUGUGGCUGAAGAUUUGCUGUACUCCUUCCCUGUUACAAUCAAGGAUAAGACCUGGAAGAUUGUGGACGGCCUCAGCGUCAAUGACUUCUCUCGUGAGAAAAUGGAUAUAACUGCCAAAGAGCUCCUGGAAGAAAAGGAGGCAGCAUUUGAAUUCCUUUCUGCAUGACUAAUGCCUGAGCUAGAUGUGCCCUUAAACAUGAAGUCUUGUCUUUAAAGCUAGUAACCAAGUACUAUUUAUGUCUGAGACAGAUAACUGUUAGUCACUUGAAAGACACCCACAAUACUGUAGUUUUGUAUCUGUGAUAAAUGCUAUAAAUCAUUCCUAGCAAUAGCAAAUAAAUGGAAACCCACAUGUGGUUUUAACACACUUGCAUAGCUCUGUUUUUCAUAUUACAGAUCUUUAGAGUUUGGGUAACUUUGAUUAUAAAUUACAAGGAAUUGCAUGAUCAGGCCACAUAUUACAAUAAAUCUAACUCAUUACAUGAGUUUCAAGAUG